UCGCAAGGUCCGAACCGUGCUUCUCAGGGUGGCUAUCGUGCCAGAACUAACAAGCUAAAAGCAAAUACCAAAGUUGCAAAUAAAGAUGGCGUAAUCCAAGACUCGCGUGAACCGUCCGUCUGCCUCGUUCUAAUCGCAGUUACCUGGAUACAAUCCGGGUGUGUGUUUCCACAGGCGACGAAUCCGUACCUGACCGGUAUGCCGCAGGUUGGCAACACGUACAGCCCUUAUUUCGCUCCCAGCCCGAUCAUGCCAGCGAUAAUGGGUCCUGCGGAUCCCACAGGAGUAGGAAGUCCCUUAGGCGUGGUGCCGCAAGCGGUGGCGAUGCCGCAGAAGAUGCCGCGUACUGACCGCCUCGAGGUAUGUCGCGAGUUUCAACGCGGGGCGUGCAAACGCGGCGAGACGGAGUGCCGGUUUGCGCACCCCCUCGAGACGGUGCAGGCGAACGAGGACGGCUCUGUGACGGUCUGCAUGGACGCUGUCAAGGGCCGAUGCAAUCGGGACCCCUGCCGCUAUUUCCACCCCCCUCUGCACCUUCAAGCCCACAUUAAGGCCGCACAAUCUCGGGCUAGCAUUGCGACGGCGACUAUGCCAACGAACGUGGCGGGAAUGGGCGCGUUGGCUAGCGGAGUGUCAGGAGUGCCGGCAACUGCGGUUCCCGGAGGACUUCAGAGUGCCAGUAUGGCGAGCAUCGAACUCGGCAAGAAGCGGAUGCGCGACUCCAAUGAUGAUCUGCUAAUGAUGGACAUGAAGUCUGUCGGAUCGUUCUACUACGAGAACUUUGCCUUCCCAGGAAUGGUUCCGUAUAAACGACCGGCGGGCGACAAGUCCGGCAUGCCGGUCUAUCAGCCAACCGGCGCGACGACCUAUCAACAGUUAAUACAGCUGCAGCAGCCGUUCGUGCCUGUGUCAUGUGAGUACACUGGAACACCACCCCUACCCACCCAAACCUCUAACCAAUCGGUCGUGCAACCCUCGAACGUGCAAAGCAACCACCACGCGGUGGUGGUUCAGUCCUCCUCCUCCUCUCAGGGAACCGGCGGUGCGACAGUGAAUAACUGCGCCGACGCCAACAAUGGCGUGCUGAUGGAUCCCUGCAACAACCCGCCGCCACCACCUCCGACUGCCGAAAGUAACAGUAACAAUAAUAACGGCGCUAACAAGCAGUCGAACGUCACGCAGAAUCACGAAGCCGAAAACACGCAUAAUUCCCCCGAAUUGAAUCAUUCGAGUCCGUCGACGAUCUCUCAACAGCAGCAGCAGCAACAUCAACAGCAGCAGCAAGCCCAACAACAAGCCCAACAGCAAGCUCAACAGCAGCAGCAACAACAACAACAGCAGCAGCAGCAGCAGCAACAGCACCAGCAACAGUUGCAGCAACAGCAACAACAACACCAACAGUCGAUAGCGAAUCAACUGGCGUUGUCCGGGGCCAGCGUGCAGUCCGCGAUGAGUCCGUUGACUUCAGUCGCGGGUCUGACCUCGAUGCCAGGUGUGGUCAACAUGGCCUCCAUGGCAUCCAUGGCCUCCAUGGCCUCCAUGACGAAUGUGCCGACCGUCACCAACAUGGCAUCGAUGUCCAACUAUAACGCCUCGAACAUGGCCAAUCUGAACAUGCUGAACAGCCUUGGCAUGGCGUCGGGCCUGCCGGCGCACCUAGACCCGGCCGCCCUCGCGAAAGAGAUGGCCCAGAAGAACUACGCGAAGGCCAUCAAGCUUUCUCAAGCGUCCCAAUCGUACGGUAUUAAUCAGCUCACGGCCCUGAACUACACAGGCGUAGCUCUGAACAAGCAGGCCCUGGUGAACCCCGCCGCGGCGGCGGGCAAUCCAGCGGUCGCAGGGCUGCAGGCUACCGCGGCUGCGCCCAGGCCGGUUAUACCGAACCUG